AUGGCUGAUUCCGAGAAGGUCUCGGGGGCCAAUAAAUGGGGGAGUCGAAAGACCAAGAGAAUGUUUGACAACACUCAAUACCCAUACAACUGCUUUAAUUAUGAUGGAGAGGACUACCCAACCUGCAGCUCCGAUGAGGAGAAAAGAUUCACCCGGCCGGCAUACAGCUACAUCGCGUUGAUUGCAAUGGCCAUUCAGCAAAGUCCUUCCAACAAGGUCACCCUAUCCGGCAUUUACGACUUCAUCAUGAAGAAAUUCCCUUACUACCGGACCAACCAGCGCGCCUGGCAGAACUCCAUCCGCCACAACCUCUCUCUCAACAGCUGCUUCAUCAAGGUGCCCCGGACAGAAGGCAAGGACAAGGGCAAAGGGAACUAUUGGAGUUUUGCCUCAGGAUGUGAAUCCAUGCUGGAUUUGUUCGAAAAUGGGAAUUAUCGGAGGAGGAGGCGGAGGAGAAAUGUGAAACGAGAACCCGGGGGAAAGAAGCUGAACACGGAGAAUGAGAGUCUGCCCACGCUGGGCCUGGAGAAAUCAUCCUUUCCCAGCAUCCUAAACAGCUCUUCCGUAGGAAAAUCUGACUCUGAAAUUAAAUUUAGCAUUGAUUACAUUCUCUCCUCCCCUGACCCUCUUCCUGUGCUGAGGUCUCCAUAUCCCAUGCAGGAGAACAAGCACCGCCUCUUGGAUUCUCAGCAGAUUCAUCUUCAGUUUUGGACAAUGUAA